AGAUUUUGAACCCAAUCCAAUCCAAUCCAAUCCAAUCCGGUCUCUGCAGAACUGCUUCGUCUCCAACGCCAGAAACACGAAAACCCUUUUUUGCCUCUCUCUGUCUCUGGCUCUGUUUCUCGGAGAAGAAACAUUUAGGGCUUGAUUGAUCCGAGUUCUUGAUUCCUGAACAUCCAAAACCGUACCCAAAUUCCCAAUUCAAUACGCUGUCCAAUUAUCACAAGCACUUCUGAAGCAAACCCUAAUUGAGCCCUAAGAACCCCAACAGGCUGGUUUAUUAGUCUCGUGUGGAAAACAAAAGGGAUUGAAGAGAGAUGAGCAGAAGCCGAAAUGAGUAGGCUUUCAUUCAGACCUCGCCCUCUUGAUAUUCACAAGAAGCUUCCCAUUGUCAAGUCUGUUAAGGACUUCGAAGACGAUGACACCCCAACUUCUACUCGCAAUUCUCAGCUUCUGCGUCUCGCCGCCGAUGCCGCCAUUGAAACUGAGGUGCCCCAAACCCCCACCAACAAGAAACUCGCUCCUGAAAUACCAACUCCUCAGUUUGUUAUUGUUGACACUUAUGAGCGCGACUAUUCUCGCACUUUUGCCCAACCCAAUUCGUACCUUCGCGCAAGAGGAGCUCGGGCCGAGCUCGGAGAGUUUGUGGAGUAUGACCUAGACAAUGAGGAUGAGGACUGGCUCUACGAGUUCAACAAAGAAAAGAAUAUUCUUGCUCCUGACAAGCUUGAGAGUAUUAUUUUUAAGUUGGAGGUUUUGGAUCAUAAGGCGCGAGAAAGAGCAGGAGUUAUAACUCCUACACUUGCUUCACCAAUCCCUGUACUUCUACAACAUGAUGUUGCUAGUGAGGCUCUCCAACCUCAGUCCCUCAGAUAUGCUGUUAUCCAAUCUAUUUAUAAUUAUUGGAAAGAGAAGCGUGAACGAUGGCAGAAGCCUAUUUUGCGGCGUUUGCAGCCUCCUCCACCGGUUAAUGACACCAACCCAUACAAUGUCUUUAGGCCAAGGGAGAAAACCCACAGACUGCACACAAGAAGGAUGCAAAGAAGGGAAAACAAUGUGCAGUCAUUUGAAAAGCUUCGUCAGGUCAGACGCAACCUGGACCAAGCCAAGACCAUACUGGAGGCUUUAAUCAAGAGAGAAGAGAAAAAGAGGGAAGUCAUGGAGAUUGAAGUUAGUCUUCAAAUAAUCCAAAUGAAGUACAAGCAUGAAACUGAGCUCCUGGAAGAUAGCUUGGCCCUUCCUGGAUUUCCACCUGUAUCUUGCAAAUUUGGUUCAAGUGAGGAUGAAUUUGUUGAUUCAGAUGAUGUUGCAAACAGUCGGCCCCGCACACGACCUUCUGCAAUACAGAAUCCGCCUUUAACUGACUCCAAUAUGGUUAUGGUUCCUACAGGAACCAUGAAGCAAGAGUUUAGACGGCGGCAUGCGCCACAAGGGUGGCUUCAUAAAAUGGAUCCUCUUGAACCAGUUUUGUUAUUUACAAGACCUCUAGUUCCAGAGAAGUUGGCAGCUGCAGGCAUUGUUCCACCAUCAGAUUCUUCAACGCAAAAGGGAGUACCAACACCACCUUAUAAAUUUCGAGGAAGAAUUGGCAGAGGAGGCCGAUUGGUAUUUGACAGAUGGAACCCCUUGAUGCAUACUCCAAUUGACUGUGGGAAUUCUUUUUAUAUACCACCUAAACCUCGACCUACAACAUACAAUUGAUUUUCAUGCCUCUCGUGUUUCGUCUUCCAGUUGUGGCAGACUACUCACUGGAAAGAGGUGCAAUUAACUAUUUGGAAGACAUUGAGGAGGGUUCCUGGGUAAACUGUGUGGUUGUGUUAGCCUUCUCUUACGCCAGGAUAUGGGUAUCCAUGGAAGCCUGCCAUUCUUGUAAUUUUGACUAGAGAUCAAGGGUACUUAUGGAAGGGAAGGAGGGUUGAUGUAUCGAAUUUUCCUACUGUUAAUGCUUGUUAAAAUUGUAUUCAUCUGCCCUGCUCUUCCCCAUGUACAAAGCAACUCUAAAAUUCUUGAGAGGCAGAUCCAAUGUCUCAUUUCCCUUUACCAAUCUUCUUCGGCAACAGAGUGAUGAAUGUUUGGCAAAAUACCUCCAUUAGCAGUAGUAAGAGUCCCCAGAAGCAUGGGAACAGAGCUACAAAAGCAGUCAUUAAUCAGUUCAAGUCCUACUAACAGGGAUAGUGUAAGAACAAAGUGCAAAAAGCAAGACAAGGCUGGGUGGGUGAAGGCAAGCAAAUGUGAAAGCAAUGAACUUUAAAUUUACAUCAAGCAUGCAUUUGCAAACACCCAUUGUCAAAUUCAUGUCAAUCUGCAAAUUUAGAGUAAUUUGAAAGCAAAAUCCCAAAGGUCAAUGAAUCUGAUAAAGAUCAAUGCAAUCUGUCUGCAAUCGCCUUUAAGCUGCAGUUAAACAUUACAUAACUCAUCACUCAGCACAGCAUAACACGAGGAACAAAUUUUCACACAUGAGAAGUGAAAACCAAGCUGGCACACCAUUGUUAGCAUGAACUGGUACUCUCAGAGCUACUUUACAACCUCGGUGGCCAAAACGACGCUCCUCGCUUCUCCCCCGAAUCUGGGCUCACUGGAUACAUUUCUGCAGAGUCGAAGAAAUUGAUGCUGGCCUGGAAAGCUUGGUCGAGGCCGGAAACAUGUUUUGCUCCCCGAAAGUCAUUGUCCCUGCGAAGAACGAAUUUAUAUUUGAGGAUUAGAGGGAGAGGCACAGCUAUUGCUUCGCCUGAAUGGAUUUUCUAGGAUCAACAAUAAAAUCAUAUCCAAGCCACCAUUUUCGUUAAUUGAAUACUUCCUUCCUUCCUCGGAACUCCUACAUUCUGUCAAUGACAACAUGUAUGCAAAAGUUUUUCUU